AUGCAAAUGGCUUCUGCUAUUCAUAAAAUUGAUGAUAAUCAAGAAAUAGCUGAAUAUAUGGAAUAUUUAUCUAAGAAUUAUUUUGGUAAAAUAUUGCCUAAUUCAAUUAUUUCUAUUGAACCAAAACCUAAAACUGGAAAACAAGGUGGUCUCAUAGUUGUGAUUCAAUCUAAUGAAACUAAUUCAACAAAUACCACCAUUAAAGUAAUAUAUAAAUAUAAUUAA